GCUUUUUGGGUGCUCUGUAGAGUGCUUUAAAAGGAAAUCAAGGUGUUGGAACCACAAAGGUAAUAAUUAAUCUAGGACCCAUCUAAUUGAAUGACAAUCCAUGUCAAAGACCGGGAAAAUGGGCGCUUACAGAAACUAAACAGAGACAUCUUCUUCUGUUGUGCCUCUCCCUCUAUAAAUCAGGACUCAGGCCAAGAGACCAGCUUCUGUAGUUAUCAUGAUUACAUUACACCGUGGAUCAGAUUGAAGAUAGCUUAUCCUAAUUCUUCUGUGGCAGAUAAAUGGGAAGAUCACCGUGCUGUGAUAAGGCUGGGUUAAAGAAAGGGCCUUGGACACCUGAAGAGGAUCAGAAACUUUUGGCUUACAUUGAAGAACAUGGCCAUGGAAGCUGGCGCUCUUUGCCUGAGAAAGCAGGCCUCCAAAGGUGUGGAAAGAGUUGCAGACUCAGAUGGACUAAUUACCUAAGACCUGACAUCAAAAGAGGCAAAUUCACUGUACAAGAAGAACAAACCAUCAUUCAACUCCACGCUCUCCUCGGAAACAGGUGGUCGGCGAUUGCAACUCACUUGCCGAAAAGGACAGACAACGAGAUCAAGAACUACUGGAACACACACUUGAAGAAACGUCUGGUUAAAAUGGGGAUAGAUCCGGUGACUCACAAGCACAAAAACGAGACUCUCUUGUCUUCCACAGGCCAAUCCAAGAAUGCAGCCACGCUUAGCCACAUGGCUCAGUGGGAGAGUGCUCGGCUCGAAGCUGAAGCAAGGCUAGCUAGAGAAUCAAAGCUUCUCCAUUUACAGCAUUGCCAAAACAAAACAUCAACACACUGGACAAAACCAAACGAAGGGAACGGAGAUCAACAGCUUGAAUCCCCGACGUCGACGGUGACAUUCUCCGAGAAUCUCCCUCUCGUGAUCAGGCCUUUAGAAAAUCCAACGGAAAACAAUAACGAGUCCUCAGGAAUUCCGAAUAUGGCUGAAUUCGCCGUCUCUUCUUCCACCUCCUCCGAAGAUGCGACUUUGGUCAAAGAUUCCGAACACGACUGGUUGAGGCAAAUCAACUGUCCGACAGAAGGAGUCGAAGAAGGAUUCACGAGCCUCCUGCUAGGCGAUUCAAUCGGCCGGAGUUUCUCCACCGGGAAAAACGACGAGGCUACCGUCGCGGUCAACGAAGGUGACUAUAGCUACUACGAGGACAACAAGAACUACUGGAAUAGCAUCCUCAACUUGGUGGAUUCCUCGCCGUCCGAUUCUCCAACGAUGUUCUGAUCUAAGGGUCCACAAUGAUUUUAAAAUUCUCUGAUUGUAUUAUGUCGAUAGCUUUCUUUAUCUUUUAUAUAAUUCCCAUAUAUAAUACUUGGUAUUGGGAUGUAAUUUCAUCAAAGUUGUUGUUUAGCAACGAAAUAGUUGGAGGUUAAAUGCCGGUCA